ACAAGUAUUCAUAAAACUUCACUUAUAUUUGAAAUUGAACCAAAGCAGUUUCGUAAUUGGAGUUUAAAAAAAAAAGAAUUGAUUCUUGCACGUUCACAUAUUCACUGGCUAAAUACUGGCUCUUACCCAAAGUAUUCUGAACUAGAAGUUGAAUUGAGUAGUUGGAUACAUGCAUUGUGA